AAAUGGCAUGGGUGAACCGGCAAAUCAAACGAUUUAAGGGUGCGUGAAGUAUCGUCAUUGCAACUAAAUAACGAGUCUUACUUAAACUGCUGUCUCUAUUGCGCGGCCACCUCAAACAUCCAGAAAGAUACUCAAAAAACGCAGACCCACAAAAAAAUGAAACCCUCCACAAAUCGGCGCGGUUCGUCGGGGGAGUCACAGACAACGGUGCGAGCUGAUGGACCGUGAGUGUCGAGCCUCACUUAAACAGGCGUACGUGUCGACAGCGUCCAGGGUACUCAGCAGAUGGUGUGCGCCACAGGUCGGCAACAACCAGGGUCAGCCACCGUUGGUCGGCCAGGUGGUCACUUGCGUCCAACACAGGCAGCAGAGCUGAUGAAGCAUUGCAGACAUCGGCUACCUGCAUCCAAUAUAGGUAGCUGGCCGGAAGCACACAUUCAGGGACAGGCAGUAGGAUCGAGACCGGCUGGGUGGGCAGGACAGCUGAGCUGAGUCGAGUCAGUCCUGACUGAAGCGGGCAGUAGGUCCCGGAUGAUGCUGACUGGAUGAGGAAGAUGGCUGGUUCGCACCGGUCCUGACUGAGGUGUGCAGUUAUCCUAGCAGCUAGGGCCAGGCUCAGGAAGCCCACACUGAGCUGCAAGUGGAAAAAGCCCCUGAAUGCGACUGUAAACUGCUGGUUCUGCAACCAGGACACAGUCGUUCCGUAUGGCAACAGGAACUGUUGGGACUGUCCCAGCUGUGACCAGUACAAUGGUUUUCAGGAUAAUGGGGACUACAACAAGCCAAUUCCGGCCCAGUACACAGAAGACCUGAACCAUGGCGUGUUUGGCAGCAUUCCCACUCAAGUCACUCUUGGUACCAUGCAGUGGGUGAACUCGAAGAUGCUGCUUUGCAGGAAGUGCAAUCACAACCAGUCAACUAAGAUCAAGCUGCUGGCCUCUUUCAUACCAAAGGAUGAUGGGAACUACGAUGACGAGAUUGACGCUUACAAGUGUCACUUGGAGGAGCACUACAAGCUGUGCAGGCCGUGUCAGGCGGCUGUCGACUAUUACAUCAAGUAUCAGAACCGCCAGCUUAGGACUGUGCUGCUGAGCAAUAACUUCAGACGCACAAAAGAGUCCCUGAGGGGCUUCAUAAAGGGCUCCCUCGCUGCAUCGCUUCCUAUGGCGGUCGUACUGCUCAGAUGCCUCUCCUUCGUCAUUUGCGCCGUCCUGCUCGCCAUGUCUUUCUCAGUCGAUUUCCAGACGUCAAACGAAGAGCAAAAUCGUCUCCAAUCUGACGCCCGCAAUGUGUCGACCACCAACAAUGGCACCAGCGAUGGCGGCGCACAGUCAUGGCGGAGCCUGCUGGAGCUCCUUCCAGUUAUACUUGUAGACUACGCCAAGUUCUUGUGGCUCUUUGGACAAGUUAAUCAAAUAGCGGUCGUUUGUGUCGGCCUGUCAUCGUGUCUCGUUGGUCUCUUAUUAGCAGGAGCCGCCAGGUUGAGGAAAAUCGACGUCGUGUCUUCAGUGCUGUGGUUCGUGGUUUUGUGUUGGCACUUGCUGGCAGUGUAUGUUGAGGAUGACGCGUCCAGCUGGACCCCCGCAUACGUCACCACGGUGCUCUGUUGCAUCGUCAGCUUUGCCGCCGCCGUAGCGACGCACAACCCUCUGAGUCAACAAAGAGGCAGAUAUAGAAGAAACCUCACGGAUUCCUCCAUGUGCCCCUUAAGCAACCAGCCCGCUAAGCUUACUCCUGAAAUGAUCCGCUCCUUCAUCCCCACACCUCCUCCCAACAUCUUCAAGCUUAUAAACCACCAUAAGACUGCCCCAAAACCCAAGGGCUCGCUCUCUUCUCUGCCGUGCCGACUCAAGAACGUCCUCUGCCUUGGUACCAUCUCCACCUUCACAACGACAGAUUCAGGCUACUUGUUCAGUGGAAGCAGACCGGCCUCGGUCUACAAAGAUUCUCCUCCUUCAGACUACUUUUCAAUGAAGUCAUGGAGUCGCCCAUCAUCGCCCGGGCUCUCGCCGACUCCCUCGGUGGACAGCUCCGCGACGUCCAGCUCGUGUUCGGACAGACAGAGUCGUCCUCUCAUCAGCCCGGCGCGUCUCAACCUGGGCAGCCCCAAACUCAAGAUGUACUCCAACAAGACGCAGUCCACUUGCAGGUCUCCGCCAGUGUCCCCGACAAAUAUGCUCCACUCUGACCAGGCCUCCUUUUACAGCGGUCGCAACUCACCAGACAUGCCACUUUUCUCGAGCCAGAGUGAUUUGACUUCAAUAGACGACAGUUUGAAGGAGAAAGCGAGCAGCUCGUCUGAGUCUUUAACUUCACUGGUUGGCAUGACAACAGGGUUAGCAAAAAACAGCCCCACCUCACAAAAUAAGACGCGGCAGCUCUGGAUGGUGCUUUUAUUCGUCAGCCUGAGCACCAACCUGCUGUUUGCUGCUCUCUGGAUGUCCUACAACUGGACGCGAAUGGUGGACGAUGGCUCUCCCAUUCCCCUGUUCCAUGAGGUUGUCUCUACUUUGUUAGAAAGACUCAAGAAUAUCUAACACCAUAGAUGACUCCUGUUUUAGGAAUUGAGAUGAAAAUCGUCUUUUGCGUACAAGUGUUUGCUUGAAAUGUAUGGCCGCCGGUGUUGAUGUGCAAUAAUGUGCAGUUCACUGUACCUUAUCACGUGUGACAGUAAUAUAUAUAUAUAUUUUUUUGUGACACCAUUGCUCCCUUAUGGGCCGUCACCUUUUUAUUAGAGUUUACAUUGUCUGGUUGCAAUGUCAUGGUCGCCUUUUGUGCGGGCUUCCACUACUGUGGUUUAUUUUGAAUGCAGACAAGCAAAGAAAUGGAAAUUGAAUAUUGCGCUUUAGUUCAAAUCUGUCUCUGUUCUUUUGCACACUAUAAGAAUAGGUCAUAACAGCCUCAAUUUUGCAGUCGAGUCUGACGCCAGCCAUUUCGGUUAUUUCCAAGGGCCAACUUCAAAUCUGGAUAAGGCAUUGAUCUUCACAUGCAGCAUUACUUGGUUCGAUUUUCUUGCGGUGCUUUGCAAAGUGGCUUAUGAAUGUCCGCUGUGGCAGCUGGCUUGACUCGGCCGGCCACCCGCUAAUGACUACGUUUGCCAUGAGACUGACUAUGGCUGAAUACAUGCAGGAGAGUUUUCAAAUAGGUUUUGGAACGGGCCAGGCAACUCAAUUGUGUUAAUUAUUAAUUCAAUGCCCUUUUAUAAAACGGUAACUUGCAUUGUUUUAGAUAGCAUUUUGUAGACCUGGUAUAUUUGCUUUUUUUUUGUAAUUACAAAUAUGUGAGGGGGUGAUUCAGUUAUAUUUAAAUGACGUAGUAUUUACACCAAACAUCCCAUAUGUGCUGUCAGUCUAAGUAAGACAUGGGCAAACUACGGCCCGCGGGCCACAUCCGGCCCACGGGGCCGUUUAAACCGGCCCGCCAAACUUGAACAAAUUGUAUUAAUUUUUGGGGGGUCAUUUUCCCUGCAAUUACUAUGUUUUCCCAGUAGAUGGGGAAGCGCCCGCCCGCGCAUUUACUCCCGGGAGCCGUGUCAGAAAGCUUGGUGCACACUCCCAAGUGCGUGUGCGUACUCAGUAGUAUGUAGUAAUUUCAUCUAUCAGUGCCGAAUUUCGAGUGUAGGCUGUGACAUCAAUAUUCUCGUAAUUUGCGCGCUGAGUUUUCAGAUACAGUUUUACGCUAAUGCCACCCACAAACCUUCCCCUGGAAUCCUUCCAUUAAAAUGAGUGGCCCGAGGAAAACAUAUGAUGUUUUCCAAUCUUUUCAACAUUCGGCACUCAGUGGACACUGAAUGUUAAAAAAGAGUGGACAAUUUGGCUCGACUUACGUGUGUGAGAAGACGUUCAGCCACAUGAACGUCAACAAAGCCCGUCACAGAUCUAGGUUAACGAACCGACACCUCGGCUGUAGCCUAAGAAUUACCGCAACAGAUUUUACUCCAGACUAUGAUGCACUAGCAAAAAAGAGAAACCAACAAUACUAUUGAUUUCUUUAUUACUUUAUUGAGAUGUAUUCUUUCACUGAUUCUUCAAGAUGAUGUAUUUGGUCAGAAUGUUUGCCCUUGGAUGUGAUUUCGCCUCAUUAGAUAAACAUAUUUCAUAAAUCUGAUCUGCAGGCGCUGAAGUGAUGGAAAAUGUUAUUCAUCAUAACAGUGUCGUAUUUAAUAAGAAUCACUGAUAGUAGUUUUUUGGUGAAAUAUUUUUUUAAUGCUGUUAAUAAAUGCAUUUGUUUUCAAAAAGCUUUUUUAAAAUAUCCAUGCUUUAGUAUCUACUAAAAGUAAAAACCUUUUAUGCAAUGACCUUUACAUGUCGUUUAUAUUACUUCACACAAACACUACAUCCAUCUGCUUCUGGUUCGGCCCCCCGGUCAAAAUUUAGAACCCAAUUCGGCCCGCAAGUCAAAAGGUUUGCCCACCCCUGGUCUAAGUUAUGCGCAAGGUCAUUGGGUCGGAAAAAAAAAAUCUGCUCCAAAUAUUGUCUGGUGUUCAUUGGAGGGCCAUGGCUUUUUUUUUUUUUUUUUUUGCACCCCUGGUUGUAGUGCAUACUUAAUUUACAUAUCGCAUCUUAAAGGUGUUUGUUUUCCUGCCUUUCCGCAAUACAAUACUCGUAGAUUCACCUAUUUGUUGAUAUUUUUAUGGACUCUGUCAUCCAUAAGUCACUUGAAAAAUGUAACUAUUCACUGUUUUUAGGCCCUCAACAAAGCCCUGUCUAAUACAAAUGAAGUGUACAUGAUUUUUUUUUUUAUUUGAUUUUUUAUGAAACUCGAAGUGACAGGUGUUUCAUUUAGACAGCAAUGCUUUGCCACUAUUUUAUAUUAUUUUCAAAUGUAGAAACUCUAUCAGUAUGUCUUUGCUCUGUGUUUUCCCUGUAGUGUCUGUCAAGUGUUGCCAAGCUCUAACAUAAGUUGAGUGCAAGGAACUAACUCUUUUUGUAUUCUCUCAGCACCCAUUUUGGCAAGAGUUGUCUCCCUUUGAAGCGAUUAAAACACAAAAGCUGAGAUACCUUAAAAUCACCAUGUUUGGAAUUUCCUUUUGUGAAUGUUGUUGCACUUAAUUGUUGUGUUUUGUGUUUCAUUGGAAAAGAAUGAUGGCCUAAGCAGAAAUUAUAGAAAUGCAAUAUUGCACACAAAAAAUGAUGAUUCAACACUGUGUCAGCCUUGUCCCUGUGUGCGUUUAUUACCAUAAGUUUUUUUUUUGUGCAAUUUUCAUACAGUACAAAUGUAGUGGCAACCAUGUCUUGGAAGGAGCCUAAUCAUGUUACAAUGAUUAAUGACGAUCUUAAUUUAUUUAGACAUUUUGGCUGCAAAAAAAAAAAACUUUUUAAACUUUGAAAGGCUCUGGGAUGAUUUGUAUGUACUGAGUGUUGUGCGAAUAUCUUUUAUCACUGAGCAAAGUGAAGUGUACAUUUUUCCAGGUGAAUAAAAUCUAUUUUUCUCACUGUA